AUGAAGGUCUCCGUUGGGCUUGCGACAGCCCUGGCUGGCGUCGCGACCGCGCUGUCCUCCGACCAGCCCGCUGACGUAUAUCUCCUGCAAUCGAAGCAGACCUCAACCUCCAGUUCCGACAUCCCAUCAUUACCACGACAGAUUGCCCGCCUCAUCCUCCUCCAGCGUCUGUCCCCCGAGGGCCAGCAUGGCACCUGGGAUCUCCCCGAGACCAUGUCCAGCGAGAAGGCAGUCAACUACCUGAACGACUUCGGCCUGUCGCCCCAGGGUCUCUUCAGCAACGCCGCCUCCACCAACCCGUCCCAGCUUGUUGUCAUGCUCGAGGGUAUCACUGGCGAUGAUGCCAAGGCGCUUCAAAAGUCCAUUGGUGCUGGACCCAGCUUCAGGGUCGGCGACGCACCCUCCGCCGCUGCCAACACCCUGCUGCUGGCCAACGACUUCCAGAACGUCGGCGUCACCCCGAAGGGCUGCAAGUUCGACAAGGCCAUCAACCCCUUUGCGGAGGAGUGCUGGAGUGGCAAGUCGUCCGUCGUCAGAUACGACGUGAAGAAGGACUCCUCCAUCAUCAACUCCCUUUCCGAGAACGCUUCCCUCCUCCGCCAGCUGGCCCAGAACGGCGAGAUGGAGACUAUCCUCGUUGCCAUGCCCGAGUCCUCCCGCAACUCUCAGAUUCGUCACUGGUCUUCCAAGCCUGAGGAGCUUCGCCGCCGCCAGGUCGAGUCCGUCAUGAAGACCGAGUCCGACAAGCAGGACAAGCCCGCGCCCACGAGCCCCGCCGAGAGCGCCACCCCCUUCCCCGGCGAGAUCAAGCGCGGCAGCAUCCCCUCCUGCUUCUCGUCGGCCGACGCCUGUGUCAAGGACACCAGGAACUGCUCGGGCCACGGCGAGUGCGUCAACAAGUACCAGAAGGCCGACGGUCAGUCUACCGGCACUUGCUUUGCCUGUGCCUGCUUGUCCACCAAGUCCAACAAGACUGGCAGCGUCACCCACUGGGGAGGACCUGCUUGCAGCAAGGUUGAUGUCAGCGUUCCCUUUUGGCUCUUCACUGGUUUCGGUAUCGCUUUGAUUGGCACCCUCUACUUCGCCAUCUCUCUCCUCUUCAACGUCGGCGAGGAGCCGCUUCCUGGCGUCAUUGGUGCUGGUGUCUCCAGAUCGAAGUAA